AUGCCUUCGUCAAGUGCGGUUCAUCGUAGCUUACUGGUUGAAAGUCGCGCUCAUAUUUAUAGAUCUGUAAUCAGAUCGAGAAUCCGUAGAUUUGGUGUACACCCCAUAAAUCGUGAAAGGGAAAAUUAUGGUGAAUUUCAUCAUUUAUAUCUAAAUCUUCGCAGAUUUCCAGAUCGCUUUUGGCAAUAUUGUCGUAUGUCAGUACCAUCUUUUGAUUUGCUGUUGGAAAAAGUUCGACCAAAAUUAACAAGACAAAAGAAAGCAAUUAGUCCAGAACAACGGCUGGUUUUAUGUUUAAGAUUUCUCGCAACAGGUCUUUCGUUUCGAGAUUUAGCUUUUGCUUUUCGAAUGGGCAGAAGCACAGUAAGUAACAUUGUCUUGGAAACUAGCGUUAUCAUAUGGGAACAACUUGUGGAAGAAUAUAUGCCUAUACCAACAACUGACCACCUUCGAAAUGUUAUUAACGAUUACUACCGACGCUGGAAAUUUCCUAACUGUUUUGGCAGUAUUGAUGGUAGACAUUGCCAAAUUCAAUGUCCAGCAAAUUCUGGCUCUCAUUAUUUUAACUACCUGCAUUAUUUUUCUAUUGUACUGCAAGCUGUAGCUGAUGCUGACAAAAAGUUUCUAACAAUCGAGGUGGGUGGGAGAGGAAAACAAAGUGAUGGUGGUACAUUUUCUGGAUCUACUUUGUUCAAAUUACUUGAAGCUGAUAAAUUUAACGUUCCACCUCCACAAGCAUUACCAGAAUCAAACAUUGUUCUUCCCAAUUUUUUAAUCGGAGAUGAGGCUUACCCCCUGAAAAACUAUUUACUAAGACCUUAUCCAAGGAGAAACUUAAAUGCUCAAACAGAAAACUUCAACAAAAAACUUUCAAUCGCAAGAAAAUGCAUUGAGUGUGCAUUUGGCAUAUUAAGCAAGAAAUGGCGGUUUUUACAAAAAAACAUCGAAACGAAGCCAAGCACUGCAGUUCGUUUAAUUAAAUGUGCUUGUAUACUGCACAAUUUUGUGAGAGAGUGCGAUGGCGACAGUGACCUUGAUUAUAUACACGUGUCUGCAGAAAUGGCUAAUGACUUAGCUCAAACAAAUGCAACCACCCAAGAAGAACAGUCCCGUUAUAACAGAAGCUCAAGCAAUGCGUUGAAUACAAGAAACGAGCUUGUGCAAUAUUUUUGGGAAUUCGGGCAUUGAACAAAAAACACUACUAUUUGUAAAGAUUAAAUAAAUUAAACUUACCAGAACAAUUACAAAUUUGUCCAACUUUUUCCCACUCUUUAUCGGUGACAUUUUUAUUUUUGUGAUCUUUGUGGGUGUCCUGCCAUAGCAUUGGGCGGCUUUGGACAGCUGAAAUUAAACUUUCAAUGUUUAUUGUAGACAUCUUUUUUUUACGUCGCUCAGCGAUCGACUGAAAAAUUAAAACAAAUUUGAUUGCUAAGCGACGUCGCUCUGUCGCUUGAAAAUUCGCUCAGUCGCUUACGGCUUAUGUGGCCACCUCCAUACGAUUUCAUGUGUUCUAAUUUUUUUGAGUCGCUCAGCGGCUCGUCGCUCGGUCGCUCAGUCGCUCGUCGCUCAUUACGU